AUGACUAAGGAACACCACCCGGUUUAUCAGACUGUUCGACAGCAUCAUCACGUCUGCGCUCAUGCGGUACUGGUGGGUCAGUUCCACAACGCUUUCUGGAUACUUUUCGCUCAAAAUGCGGAACAGCGACCUAUCCAUGCCACCGACUCUGGCCUCUGGGCUUCGCACCAACGGUGGCAGCUGGAAAUGGUCUCCAACAAGCACAAACUUGUCUGCGAACCGCAACGGGCCCAAACACACCGGCAUGGACACCUGCGACGCCUCGUCGAUGAUGCAGUAGUCAAAGUGCUGUCUAUGAAUAAACACUGUGUCCUGGAUGCCGAGACACGUCGUGGCCACGAUGUUGGGUUCGAAGAACGCUUUCUGGAACCCUUCUGCCGAGUCCAGGGCGUAGAUGGAGUCCUUAGAAUCCACCACCAGUUUUCUGGUUCUUUCGUCACCUUCAGCCAGGAAAAGAUUCAACAAGUUGAAUCUGGCCAAGUUCAGUCCAUGGAACAUCUCGUCCUUGUCGAUUCUGUACGUUUUCGCAGGAAGCUCUUGGCUGUAGCCGCUGGUGAGCACGCUCUGGAACACCUGAUUUCUGUUUGCGUCAAAAUCGCUCAUCUUGACAUUGGAGUUCACAAACCGACGGUCUGUGCUCACCAGAAUAAUUCCUGGCCGGACAUUCUCCACAAACCCGAACGCCAGUCCAAACUGGCCUUCUUCGUCAGAAACGAUCACUCUGUCGUGUUUCGACAGUUGCGUAGCAGUCAGCGACUGAUGCACCGUGUCGUCACGCUCAAACGUGUAAAGAUACCGCUUGGUGUGGCUCCGGGAUACUUCCACCUCCUGGAAAUGGGUCACCUGCAAAUGACCAGCAGCCUUGCCGCCCUUUUGCUCGCGCACACUCGCAGAGUAGCACCACAGGUCUUUCUUGAAACUGUUGACAAACCCUUCUUCUUUGCUGAGAAGAUUGUUCCAAUGGCUAAAAAAAUCGAGAUACACCUGCUUGUUCAGAUGGCCAGUGAGGCUCUCCGUAUACAACGUAGCUUGUGCUCUGUUGGAGAUGUAGUCUUUGCCUGUUUUGAUCUCCAUCGGCACAACCACCUUGCUGCCAUCUUUCAAAGACGCCUCGAUGACAACGUCAAUCAAACCUUUCAGUCCAAACAUUGGCGACCAGAUAUUCUCCUCUAUAUCAAGAACGUUGGACACUUUCAUCUGCGCGUUGUUGCGAUAAGUGUUAGCAGAGGUGAAUUUGGACACCCAUUCCUUGAUGUAGUCAACGUGGCCCAGGAUAAUUCCUUUCAAUUCAGAACGGUCAAUGCCAAUGCUGUAUAUAGGGACAAGGUUCUCGUCAAGCAGCUCCUCGAGGUAUUCAUCGAUGAAUUCUGUGGAAAUAACGUUAUCUUUCAAACAAGCUUGGAAAAGUUGAUGCACAAUUGA